UUAUCGGCAUGCGAGGCUGAGCUCCAGACUCCAUCCCGGGGUAGUUUACCUCCGUGUUUACACCUCACGGUGCUCGCUACGAUGCGUGUUAACGUCACCAACCGCUAGCAACCGUCGGGAUUCUCUUCGGUCAGAGGGGUUCCCGUUGUUAGCUCGGCUAGCUAACGGCUGCCUGGAGACACAUGAAGCCGUGUGUGUCCACCACAGUAGCCCACACUUAAAGGUAGCGUUAGCAGCACACGGUGCGUUGAAGGGGGCUUCGUGUCCCGGCCCCGCGGUGCCAGGUGUAGGCUUCGGUUGGGUUCAUAUCAGAUGGAGGACGAAAUUCACCGCAGUGAUCCUAUCCGCUGAUCGAGUAAAUUCAGCUGCUAUGCCUUCUGUUGGACUGCUUUUGUAAACACGGUAGCCAUGGCUUCUCGGAAGGUAGAUGAGCUACCGAGUGACACCAAGGAUUUGGCUUCGGCCUCCGACCAGCUUUCCCGAUGCGGCCCCGAUGACAUCACGGAAGAGCCUCAACCGGAUACGAUGACUGCUACGGGGAAGUCCCCGAAAUCCGGCAAAUUUAGGAGGACUGCUCUGACAUUCUUUGGAGUUCGUAAAAGCAUAUGUAUUUUACCUAGUUUUUUUGGAGGAAGGAGUAAAAAUCAGAACAAGUGGUCUUCUAAGAAAGGAAUCGGCAAAAGCAGAACACACGACGGGCUAAGUAACGUUGGCCAUGAUGACAAUCUGAGCAGUCGGUGCACCUCAGCUAGAGAUUGUGAGUACCUCAGUCAGAGGGACUCAGCUGGAGAGCUCCACAGCAGCUGUCACAAUGAAUGUAGUCACUCCACUGCUGAACAGAAAUCACUGACUCUUAACCGGCAGAAACGCGGUUUUAGGAGCCUUUUUCAAAGUUUUAGGUAUCACAGAAACCACAGAAAUGGCGGAUUGGAUAAAACUGAAAUGAUUGCAAUGUCCUCUCCUCGCUGCAAGAAAGAGGUGCCUGUUGUCCAGGGCAACACCAACCAGUAUGUCACAGAGUGCCUGGGAUCUGAACCUGAUGUGCCUGAUUUUGCAGAUGUUACAUGUGAUGUUUCCAUUGGACCUGAAUGUAUCGAUGCUGAUGAGAUGCCAUCUGAGAAGAGCGCGGAGCAAGGCAGCCCAAAGUCCGAGCUUCACGGUGAGAUGUGUGACGAGGAAAUGGAGGACAUGAAUUUGGUGACAGGGGUUUCCAGUGAAUUUAAAGAGAGUUCGAGAGGACACAGCGAGCCUUGUCUGAAACUUCCGAUGAUGUCUGAGCCCACGCUGAAGCCGGAAACACCCGCCGGCUCAUCGGAUCAGCUAAACCUGAUUUACGGGGACGUCGCGUCGUUAAAGAGCUUCGAUUCACUCACUGGCUGCGGGGACAUUAUUGCAGAUCAAGAAGACGACAGCAUUGCGGAGAGCACCGUUUCUGGAGAAAGGAGCAGAAGUGGAGGAAAAAGGGCCUCCUGUUAUCUCACUUAUCAGGGUGGCGGUGAAGAAAUGGCUUCACCUGAAGACUUGGAUGAGGAGUGUCUUCAUGAUUUCUGGGGCAACAAUGCGUCGGAGGAAAUCUGCUGCUCUUGCAACCAGGAACACACAGAUCUGACUGCUGACCUGACGAGCUCUCACAAUAUGGACUUACUGAACAGUAACAGUGCACAGCAAGCCAGUGGCAUGGAUGCUUCGUCAAUAGCCGAUGUGUUAACGCCUCAAAGUGAGCAUCAAGAAUCAGUUCCAAAUAGUGAUGAGGGCUACUACGACUCAACCACACCGGGGCCAGAUGACGGACAAGAGAGAGCUGAAAGGCUGAGGGCAGAGCGGUUACCCAGGGACAGUUACAGCGGUGACGCCCUCUAUGAACUUUUUGCACCUGAUGAGAGUCUAAUCAGUCCACAUUAUGAGAACAAAUCAAAACUGCACAGUUCUAAACAGCGUGAAUAUUUAAGCGAGCCAGUCGAUGUGACAGAUUCCGCCUUCGUUCCAGACAUGAAUCGGUUACAAAUAGGUGCGGAAAUGUACGAGGUGCGCGAACCCUCAGAGAUGCCGCAAAAUAAGGUUGGUCGGCAGGAAAUGGGCAUGAUUAAGAACUUUAAUAUGAGUACAAAACCACAAGUAUCAGUCAACAGGAAUAACACAGAACCAGAUGUAUUUGAUGAAAAGGGAAAUACACCCGCUUCCACAGAAAAAAGAACAAAAUCCAUAAAUGCUGAGUGUGAGAAAAGGCACAGCAGCGUAUCAUUCGGAAGCACAUCUGACCCAGAUUUUGAAACAUUUUGCGAACCCAAAGAGCAAAAUCUUGAGGAAAACAAGCCCGUGGCUUUACCGUACAAAAAUAUAAAUACUCAGUCUCCGGUCGAAAGCAACGACUUGGACGAUGGGCAAACUGUGUGUUUCUCUCAAGCACUUGUGGACUACACAAAACACUCUCAGAUGCUGAGAAACUUGCACAACAGUGUGGAUGAUUUGGAGACAAACUCUGCCUUCACUCCGAACAUGCAGGCCUUACCUACCAUAGUCACGUUUGACGUGGUGGACAUGCAUAACGAGGGCGAAUACGACGAGCAGAUUCACAUGGAGCUGGAGGAGGACAUUUCAUCGCCCUAUCAGGAGUUCGAAGAAAGCUACCUACAAAAAGACGCAUUUGCUGAAUGUGACUAUCAAAUGCUAGACCUGUAUGAACGGAACCUGAUCAGUAAUACAUGGGCGAUCGCUAGUCUCCCAAGGCACCUAGGCCUUACAAGAGUCAGUCAGUCCGUGUCCAAUCCGUUGUCUCUAGACCGGAGAAGUAGGUCUCUGGACACAGAGAGCCUUGAGUUGAAGAUGCCUGACAGAUACAGAGAGAACAGAGCUGCUAUCGUUUCCUGUCCUCAAACCGAAAGGGACUCUGAAAGGGAUUCCUCGCCAUAUUACAAAAAGAAUGUACUCGUGUCUGCGUCAGGUGUUGGAGACAGUAGCAGCAUUAUGGCCUUCUCAUGGCAAACAAGGUCAGAAAUGGCUUUGAGCCUUCCUCUGACAGAUGGGGAAUUCAACGAAAAAGUCCAGAGUCUCAGUCAAACCCAAGUUAAACGCAAAACAUUUUCCAGUUCGUCCAGCAACGAUUGUGCAAACAGUAAAUCGCAACUCUGCUCAAAGCAGUCGGACAGAGCGUCCUGUGAUUUGAUUUCACAGAAUACAGAGCUGUGCAACAGGCAGUGUCACCUUCCUCCGCAGUCAGAUUCUUGUUUACCUCAUAGCACCUUUGUUUAUUCUGCAAUGAUGGGCGAUGAAUCAGACGAUGUUGAUGAGGAGGAUGUUUUUUGUACAGCCGCCACUAAUUUGCAAUCCUAUAAUCAGUGUGGUAAAAGCAGACCAGUGCGUAGCAGGGAAGGAAUAUCUCAUACUGGGAGUCCUUUGAAGGCAGCUGUGUCUAAAGGUGAAACGGCCGUCCUCAGUGAGACAAGAACGCCCAGGGAUGUGACCUGCAACAAACUCCACGAGGCAACAUUUAAUUAAAAGCAUCCUGACAUUAAGAUAACAUUUGUAAGUGCUAAUUGGCGCUUUUAUGUCACACCCAAAGGAGUAAUUGUUGCUUGAGUUUUACUUGUACAACAGAUUCAUUUGAAAAGAUCGUGUACACUAUGAGAGACGUGAAACUAUUCUGAAAUGUGAAGAGCUAUGUCAUUUUGAGAGUCAAAAUGAAUUGUCUGCAUUUGCAAAGUACCAGUAGCUUGUUAAACAAAGGCCACAUACACAUCCGUCUAUUUAAAGUGUUUAAGCAAGUAAAAGUUUCAUCAGUGUUGAAAAUGCUCACAGAUUCAUCUCAUUAAGCUACUGAAUUUAACUAAAAAUGUUUAUACCCUCCGUUUCCAGUUCUCUAUAGUAAUGCCACACUUUGUUUGAUUGUUAUUCAUUAGCCCUGUUUCCAUAGCACAGACAAACAGGGCUGGCUAAGUCUUGCUUUCUUUGCCAAUUGUCCCGAAACACGUGUGCUUACGCUUUAAGUGCUGCCUUAUGUUUGUGUUUACUACUUUUUCUACAGCCUCUCAUUACUCCAGUAAGGUUUAUGUAGGCCUGUCAUGAUGCUUAAACAUAUAAUAUUUAGCC